CAUUGAGAGAGUUACCCAACCACUUUCGGUUUUUGCGGUACAUCCACGAGUUUGAAGAAUGUAUGCAGAUAUAUUCAGUUCUUCUGAUAGUGAUCGGGAAGAGGAGCCAGUCAGACGUAUCGAGUCACGCCCUUUACAUUUGUCUAGUGAUGAAGAAGAUAUUAAACGUAUUGUUAAAAGUGGUCGGAAUAAACGAUGUGAAGAAAUGCAAAGUAUAAUAAAGAACUUGAACAAUCAUAAGAAAAUUAAGGAUAUGUCAAAUGUAAUCAUUGAUUUUCAAAAUUUGGUAAAAGUGUACGAGAAAUCUGUUCAAAUGAAUGAUUUCGAUGGAGUGCCACCGUUUUAUGUUCGCUGCAUAGCAGAGCUUGAAGAUUUUGUUAACGAUUCGUGGGAAAAGAAAAAAGAGAUGAACAAGAGUGCAGUUAAAUCACUUGCCACGUUAAAACAACGUGUGAAGAAAUAUACACGACUAUUUGAAGCAAAUAUUCGCGACUUUCGUGAAAAUUCAGAAAAUUAUGUAGAUGAAGAACCUGGGAUUUCUGAUACCGAAGCUGAUGAACAGGAAACAGCUCCUUCACCGAUAAAGGUUCCUGGAACUUUACCUACUUCCACUGUCAAGAAAUCAACACGAAAGUCGAUUGCAUCUGAUUCAGAGGAUGAUGACGAUGAUAUGGAUGAUAGUGAUAGUGAUGAUUUUUCUGAUGAUGAUAGUUCAAGUACUAGCAGUAUUGAUAUCAAUUUGGAUCGUUGUAAAGAUCCUUCGGUAUACUUUUUAAAAAGUACUUCGGAUGAUAAAAAGGAUAAAACGAAAAUUAAGAAAAUUGCAAAAGAUCGAUCAACUAAAAAACAAUUAAGAGCUUCAUCUGAUAUAGAAGAUGGAACAUGGACUACAAUUGAUUCUUACGGACGACCGGAAAUUCAAGUUCAAGCCUUUGAAAAAGGACAAGAAAUUAAUUUUGAUGUUGUAGUUAAGAAAAUGACAGAAAUUUUGGCAAGUCGUGGUAAAAAAGGUGCAAGUACCAGUGAUCAAAUUGUGUUACUUAUGCAAGUUGAAGAAAAAAUUAAGGAGUGUAAUCUAUCUCAUGGCUUACACGCUAAAGUACUAUUCGCUUUUAUUAGCGUACUGUUCGAUUAUGACAAAAAGCAUGAUUGUAUGAACUCCAGCUUAUUCGACCGAACUCUUAAUGCAUUCGAUCGUUUAUUUGAUCUGUUAAAUGAAGUAAAUAUUCAAUUGAUUGCAUUAGAUUCUAAUGAUGAUGAAUCAUUUGAGCAUGAACCGUACAGUAUCAAAGCAUCUAUUCUGACUGUGGUGGGUCUUUUAGAUGUUGAAUGUUUCAAAGUUCUGCAAAAUGCCAACGGCCAUGAAUCAGAAUAUGUUGAAAGACUUCGAGAUGAACGAAGAGUCUGUAAUAUUAUUGAUCGUUUAUGUGCCUAUCUGGAAAAGAAAGAAUAUCCUUCAGAUGCACUCUGUGCUGCUUAUCUUCAUAAACUGGAACACAUGUACUAUAAAUUUGAUUUUGAAUGGGGUCGCAAAGUGGAAGCUUCCAGUAUGGAAGAAGUUGGACUUCAUCCUAACACUUUGGUUAUUCAAAAACUAUGCGAAUUUAUUUAUUUAAACGAUCGAACAGAUAGACUACGUACUAGAGCUAUUCUCUGUCAUAUUUAUCAUUUAGCUCUUUAUAAUCAAUGGUUCAAAGCUCGUGACUUGAUGCUUAUGUCUGAUUUGCAAAUGUCAAUUGAACAUGCUGAUCAGUCAACCAUGAUUCUGUAUAACCGUGCCAUGGUUCAAUUAGGCUUAUGCGCUUUCCGUCAGUCCCAUAUUCGUGAUGCACAUAAUGCUUUAGCCGAUAUGAUAGGAUCUAAUCGUAUUCGGGAACUACUUGCUCAAGGUCUUCAUACUCAGUCUAGAUAUGAGAAAACUACUGAGGAAGAGAAGCGUGAACAAGCCUUGCAGAUGCCAUAUCAUAUGUAUAUAAAUAUUGAUCUAAUAGAAUGUGUCUAUCUGGUAUCCGCAAUGCUUUUGGAAAUUCCAAAUUUAGCAGCUCAUGAAACGGAUUUACGUUGGCGUCCUAUCAGCAAACCUUUUCAUCUUGCCUUACGUGUUCAUGAUCGUGCUGCAUUAGUUGGACCACCUGAAACACCAAGAGACCAUGUUCUAGCUGCUGCUAAAGCUAUGCGUUAUGGAAAUUGGAAAGCUUGUACUAAUUUUAUCAUUAAUCCCAAAAUGGACGCUAAAAUUUGGGAUUUAUUAUUUGAAUCGAAUAAAGUAAAACAGAAUUUAGAAAUUAAAAUUAAAGAAGAAUCAUUACGCAGUUUUUUAUUCACUUUUAGUGCAAUACAUGAUUCAAUGACAUUAGAUCGUUUAUCUGUGUGUUUUGAAUUACCGAAAUCUGUAAUUUAUUCAGUUAUUUGUCGAAUGAUCAUCAAUCAAGAAUUAGCUGCCUCUUUGGAAGUUCCUAGUGAUGCAUUAAUAAUGCAUAAGACAGAACGUUCACGUCUUCAGGCUCUUGCUUUACAACUAAGUGAUAAAGUCAAUAGUAUAGUUGAAAUGAAUGAUAAACUAAUUGAAUCACGUACUGGUGGUUUGUCCGGUUUGAAAGGUUCUCAGUCGUAUCAAGGAACGAGGCGCCAGGCAUUUGUUUAAUUCAAAGCACGUCGUGUGGGGACUCGUUACGCAUUGAAUAAAUUUAACUGAAAACAUGGCAAAUUCAUUCGAGAUUGACUGAUAAUUUGUUGACCUAUCUCCUAGUACACUUUGCAGAUUUCACACGCCUAUCUGUUUUAUUGUUACUGUAAUCUUAACUUAAGCUUUGUGAGCUGCAUAUUACAAAUGUUAUCUAGGUAUGAUCCUACGUAUGCUCGUAGAAUGUCAGUGAAUUCAAUCUUGUUCUUCUAACUUUUACUUUUUCUGUAUUAUGAAAAACGUCAAACUACUCUGUUUUGAUCACUAGUCUGACAGAGACAUGCUCGUCAGUAUUAUCACAUACCAUACUUUAUUGAAGGUGAAAAGUGUGAUUGUCUUUUUAUAAAUAAAAAUUUUUAAAAUGCG